AUCAGAAACUAGAGCUGAUCGACAGAGCAGAAUAAGCCAGCAGUAAGGUACAAACUGCGUUUGGUCACCCCCACCCCCUCACCUAGCACCUAGCGUGUGUUCAUCGAUCAUCGACGAUCCGAUCGACGUAACGCUACAGGGAAAACGCGCCAGAGCUGUAGUGAUUCUCCGACCUUCUUGUUCUUGUCAGCUCUCGAGUCGACAUACACCGACACUCUUUCGCUUCAAGACAUCGGACAAAUCGAGUCCACCACAUCAUCACCGAGAUCGCAACCGUGCACCAGCCGGCGUUCAGCUCUGGCCGCCAUGUUCAGAAACGCCAGCUCAGCCGGUGCAUCGCCUAGCGGUCGAGCGACGUUCGGCAUCCCUAAACGCUACCUCAAUCUCCUCGCCCUCCUCUCGAUCAUCAUCCUCAUCAGCCUCUUCUCCACUCCAAAGACCCGGAGUCUCGUCAGUCCGUCAACUGAAUCUCGAAUCCACCCGGUCAACUGGUUCCCGGACUCGAUAUCCAACAACUUUGGGUUCUCGCUUGGCGACUCGCCAGAAGAGUGGGAUGAAUUCGGGAGGUGCCUGUUCAUCAGCCCAUUUGAUGCCCUGAGUAAACACGAGAAGCAACGGGCCGAGCAGGUCGAACUGGAGCAAGUCUCGGAUGGAAUCGUUCGUGCCAAACAGGCCGUCUUUCACCCUCCCCUGACGCAUUCGGAUGGGAACUCGACGUCGAGCGCGAAAUCCAUGAAACCGGUCAGUGAGUCGUUGACGAACCCGAUCUUGGGAUUGUUAAGGGAUGGAGAGAGGAAAUGGAAGGAUAUGGUAGCGAAGCAGAGCAAAUCGCUGGAAGAAGCCGUCGAAGAGUACAAGACGAGGUGGAAUAGGAAUCCGCCGUUGGGGUUCGAUCAAUGGUGGCAAUUCAUCAGCGAUCGUUCGGUACUCUUGCCCGACGAAUACGAUGCCAUCCUCAAUGCCCUCCUCCCAUUCUACGCGUUUUCUCCUGCUGAACUUGCCAAACGUAACGCCGAGGCCGAAAAGGUUGUCGAAACCUUUACGCUCAUCGUUCAGAACGGCAAGGUCGUGCUUCAGUGGAACGACGAUUACUCGAGGGACAAGUGGUGGUCCUCCAGACCGAGGGCUGAUGCGCAGGUCAACCUGAUGGAGCCGUUCUUGGGCAUGCUCAAUGAUUUCAGGGCCACGUUUACGAUUCACGAUCAGCCUAGCAUCUUGCCUGAUCACGAUCGGAUGAAAGAUUUGACAACCUUAGCCAAGAAGAAGCAAGUUACCAACAAGGUGGAUGAGAAAGACAAGGCCGAGAUGAACUGGCUGGCUGCCUGUGCUAAGGAUAGCCCUGCAGUUAAGGGACAUGUCGAGGAGGCUGCCACCGAUACCUUUGUUUCGUCGCACGCGAGUGCUAUGGACUUCUGUCAGCACCCUUCGAUCUUAAAGAAUCACGGGAUCGCGCUCGAGAUCAAGGGGCCCGAAAGCCAGCCCAAGCCACACACUAGGCUACUGCCCAUCUUCGUGCCUUCGCGAACUGCGCUCCAUGCGGACAUUCCCAUCACCCCGGUCGGAAAGGACGGCCGACGGGACGAUGUCGGUGACGAUCCGGUAUGGAAGGCCAAGAGCGGGAAACUGUAUUGGCGAGGUCUGGCCACCGGGAUCAUGCAUAACAAAAAGGGCGGUGCCAAGUGGCUGGAUUCGCACCGAGAACGUCUCCACAAAUUUGCCAACGACGUCUCGUUUGAGCGGAAACCUGUCCUAAUGCCCAUCGGCACGUCGGGACAGGCAGAGAUUCAGAACAUCAGCGGGAGCACUCUGGGCGAGUAUUACAUGGAUGUGGCGAUGAGCGGUGGGCCUUGGCAGUGCGAUUGGGGUGACGGUACUUGCGAUGAGAUGAAGGAAAACUUCAACUUUGCUCCUCAGGACAACCCCGAGCGAUCCAACGCUUUCAAAUUCGUCUUUGACACGGAUGGCAACUCGUGGAGUUCUAGGUUUCCCCGGUUGAUGGCCGCUCGAAACGUUGUUCUCAAGGCCACCAUCUUCCCCGAGUGGAAUACGCACCAUCUGCCAGAAUGGUACGCUUAUGUGCCGACCAAGAUGGAUUAUUCCGAUCUAUGGUCCAUCCUUGCGUUCUUCCGAGGUUCUCCCAAGGGUAAAGGCGGUCAUGACGAGGUUGCGCGUAGGAUCGCUAGCAACGGGCAAUGUUGGGUGGAACGAACGUGGCGACGGGAGGACAUGCAGGCAUACAUGUUCCGGAUGUACCUGGAGUACGCCCGACUGAUGAGCCCGGAUCGGGAUAGUGGGAAGAUGGACUUUAUAUUGCCUUCCCGGGACAAGCCUGUGCCAGGCGAGACCAAGCCGCUCCCGCUGGAGAAUGCCGCAGACAAGUUGGCAGAGGCCGAGGCGCUGCCCAUUCCUGCAUGAGGUCGAAUUUAUCUGUAGAUGUGUGUAUUUUGUUCUCAGGUCGUGUUGGCAUAGGGUACGAAGCGGGGUAGAAGGUGAUUGUCAGGAUGUACUGCAUAUACUCGUACCAUUAGAUCAUGCAUGGACCCCG